GUUUAUCCGUUAAAACUAACACUGGUUAUCCCCUCUCCGACCAUUCUCUUUUUCUCUUUCACAUUUUCCUCCCAAAAAAUUCCAUUCCAUUCUAUUGAAUAUCUUCCAAUCAAUAUCUCUCUUUCUUCCAUCACAAUAAAAAGUUUCUCUCUGUUAAGAAUUCAUGUCGGACCAGGGUAGACCAUUGCCGAAAUUCGGUGAAUGGGAUGUCAACGAUCCUGCAUCAGCCGAUGGAUUUACGGUGAUCUUUAACAAGGCAAGGGAUGAGAAGAAAACAGGUGGCAAACCCGAGUCACUGGAAAAAGCUGACACUCAUGGUAAGCCUGGAGCCGACCCCAACAAACCCCAAUCCAAAAAAUGGCUUUGCUGCGUUCAAGCCCCGCAGGCGGAAUCUUGAAGAACUCAUGCCGAUAUAAGAGCUUCCACUGCAUGAUGAAGCCCCCACCUUAUAUCCUAAACAAGAUAGGGAUGAAUGGGGGGCAUUUGAUAAAGCUCUUUUGGGAUUGGAUUUGAUUUUUGGUUGUAAAAAUUUAUGUUGUGGUGAGAUAAAAGGGAGCAAAGAAGAAAUGCACUUACUGUAUUUAUAUUUGUAUGUAAUGAUUUGGUAGGCUGUUAUGAAAAGUUUGGGUUAUCAUUUUUCUUCUUUGUGAUUGCCUUAUAGCUUGUAUUAUAAAAGCUGUGUAGAGAGGUGGUGUGCUAUACAAGUAAUUGGUGUGUUUUACAAAA